GCACGUUGAGUACGGCAAAUACGUUUAUACACACUUCUAGCAUUGCAAAAAAACAAAAUGUCUAAAACUAGUUGGCGCAGAAAGUAUUUUGAAGAAUCAACUGUGCAUUGUUUACAGUAUCUGGUUCAAAAGAACAGAUCACUGAUAGAAAAAUUAUUUUGGAUAUUUACAAUAAUAUCUACUUAUUUUAUUGCAAAUUGGAUAGUGUUUUUAUUGAUUGGUCUUUGGCUUCAAAGCCCUUCGGUUAUAUAUGUCGAUAAUACAGAAUCGUCGAUAAAAGAAAUACCAUUUCCGACAAUCACAAUUUGCUCCUCAAAUCAAAUAAGAAAACAGUUGUGGACAGCUUCGCAAAGAAAUGAUUCUUCCUUUAUGAAAAAUAUAAAACAAUAUGAACAAUUGUUAUGUUUUUACUUAAGUGACCCAAUACCGAAGCCGUAUGACAACUUAGAACAAGAUAUUGUAAGGGAUAUGAUGAGUGUAUGCCCAGUUCGUUGUUCAGAAAUGUUGAAAACUUCUACUGUAUGGUUAAAUGCAACAUUGCCUAACAUUUGUGAUUUUGCUCAGCAAGUACCGUCUUUGUUAGGUGUAUGCUAUUCGUUAAACAUGUUGCCAGCAUAUCAAAUGUUUAAUGAUGAUCAUUAUAAUUUGUAUAAGGAUUUUUUCUUCAAAAAUGUAACGUAUAAAUCUAAAAAUACUUCAAUAGAAUGGAAUACAGACGAUGGAUACCCUCCUGAUUACAAUGAUGAUAUCAAUGAUGAUUUACCAGUUAGAACGAUAGGCGUUGGAUAUUACCAUAGACUAAGAAUGAUGGUACACUCGUAUCCCCAUGACUUUUUGAAUUGUCCGCUUAUGAACUAUAAUUUUUUUCUAGUUUUAUUUAGCAACCCAGCGGAGUAUCCAAUAAUAAAUACGAGAGCAUUCUUUAGAUUUGGGACGUACACCAAAGUUCAGAUUAUUCCAUCUGUAAAAAAAAUACACCCAAAUUUGCGAUGGCGCUCACCCGAAGUUAGAAAUUGUUACUUAAACAACGAAAGAAAACUAUCUGUAUUCAAGCAUUACACAGAAAGCAAUUGUUUGGUUGAAUGUCUUAUGAAUGAGACUAUAUCUUUAUGCGGAUGUGGAAAUUUGUAUUUAGUUCCUUUACCUAAAGAUAUUCCGGUGUGUGGGCCGUCUAAGGUGAAAUGUAUGGAUAGAGCUAGAGAACGAAUACGAAGCUUAGGUCUUUCUAAAUCAUGCAACUGUUUGCCUGCUUGUACCAAAAUCGAUUACGACGUGGAAUUGUCAACCUAUGACGAAAAUACAGAGUAUUUCAAAAUAACAAAUUUGGAAAAUAACAAUUCUAGCAUAGCAACAGUAGACAUUGCAUUCAAAGACCUUCAUUUUACUGCUAUUACAACAACAUCGAUUUUUAGUUGGUUAUCUCUUGUUAGUAAUAUUGGAGGAAUUCUAAGUUUAUUUUUAGGAUUUAGUUUGAUAAACGUUUUUGAACUUGUAUUUGUCUUCAUUCAAAUAUUGUUUCAAUCCAUCAAGUCAUACUUCACAUAUUAGGUAGGUAAUGUUACUUGAAUAACCAAUUGAUAGACAUAAUUUGAUUGCAACACGUAUUUCUUAAUAAUAUACAUACAUUUGUUAACAAUUAUU